AUGGAGCUCCUCGCCGCCGCGCUGACGGCCGCGCUCGCCGACGAGGUGCACGACGCCGACGAGGAGACGUUUCUGCUCUACGCGCAGCCCGCCACCUCGCGCGACCUGGGCUUCGUCGACCCCCGCGUCCCGUCGUUGUCUGUCGCCGUGGCCGGCCGCCUUGUUACCGUGCACCAGUCCCCCGCCGUCCUGGCGUCGAGCCGGCCCGGCGGCACUACCGGAGCUGUUCUCUGGAAAGUCACCCCCCAGCUGGCCUCGUGGCUCGCCGCGCCCCAAAACCCGCUGCUCGCCCUUGUUCUCCCCCCCUCCGCGUCCUCCAUCCUCGAGCUCGGCUGCGGCAUCUCGCCCCUCAACGCCCUCGCCCUGCGCCCCCGCGUCGCCCACUACGUCCUCUCCGACCAGGUCUACGUCCAGAAGCUCCUCGUCCAGAACCUCGCCGAAGCCCUCGAUGACGCAGCCCCGGGACCGCCCAAGACCGCCACCCCUCGCCGCCGGGCCCGCACCACCCGCAAGAAGGCCCCCGCACCCGUCGCCGCUGCCGUCUGCUGCUUCCGCCCCCUCGACUGGGAGACGGACGCCGUGACGCCCGCCCUCGCCGCGCCCCGCCGCAGCUUCGACGCCGUCUUGUCGUGCGACUGCGUCUUUAACGAGGCCCUCGUGGCGCCCUUUGUGCAGACAUGCGUCGACGUCUGUGGCCUACGGCGGCGACGACGGCGGCGCGGUCGAGGAGCAGCAGCAGACGCCGACUCGGACGGCAACGGGGCCCUUGAUGAUGGUAACGGCAACGGCGGCGCGCCCUGCGUAUGCAUCGUCGCGCAGCAGCUGCGCAGCGACGACGUCUUCCGCGCUUGGCUGGCCGCCUUCCAUGCCGCCUUUCGCGUCUGGCGCGUGCCCCCGGACAUGCUGCCCCCGGAGUUGCGUCCGAGCGCCGGGUUUGCCAUCCACGUCGGCAUCCUCAGGGACGACGACGACGAAUAG